CAUCCCGCCAAUAAGACGACCCCAUCUCGUUCCUAGGCCACUGUUCUCUCGAGGUGUGAUCGCUAAGCACUCGAAGCAACAGGAGACGAAGAAGAACAAGAAGAAAGAGAAACCCUAAUCGAUCCCAACAAUGGAUGAUCCCGAGAACACCCCGUCGACGCCCGGCUCCCCGACCUCGGCCGGGUUCAGCACCGACCGGCUCCCGCCCAACACGAGCCGCGCCACCGACGACGACUUCUCCGACGACGACGACGAGGCCGCCGUGGACCCCCACGUCAUCCCCGACGACGACAUGGACGCUGGCGGCGGCGGCGUCGGGGCCGACGAAGAGGAGGAGGAAGGGGAGGAUCUCUACAACGACAACUACCUGGAUGAUUACCGCCGGAUGGACGAGCAGGAUCAGUAUGAGUCGAUGGGGUUGGAUGAUUCGAUGGAGGAUGAGAGAGAUCUGGAUCAGAUCAUGGCCGAUCGGAGGGCCGCAGAGGUUGAGCUCGAUGCUAGGGAUGUGCGGACCGAUCGGAAGCUCCCUCGCAUGCUUCAUGAUCAGGACACAGAUGAGGAUAUGAACUUCAGGCGGGCAAAACGGCAUAGAGCUGAUUUCAGGCCUCCUCCAAGUGGUGCAAGAAGUGAUGAUGAAGCUGAUGCUGCCAUGCAAAGUUCGCCAGGAAGAUCUCAGCGUGGACACUCUGAUGUGCCAUUUACUGAUCAGACUGAUGAUGACCCAUACGAGGAUGAAUAUGAUGAAGAAGGUGAAAUGAAUAUGUAUCGGGUCCAAGGAACAUUGAGAGAGUGGGUCACAAGAGACGAAGUACGCCGAUUUAUUGCCAGGAAAUUUAAGGAAUUCCUGCUUACUUAUGUGAAUCCUAAGAAUGAACAGGGGGAAUUUGAGUAUGUACGGUUGAUUAAUGAGCUGGUUCUAGCUAAUAAAUGUAGUCUAGAAAUAGAUUACAAGCAAUUUAUUUAUGUUCAUCCAAACAUUGCUAUCUGGCUGGCCGAUGCACCUCAGUCAGUGCUUGAAGUCAUGGAAGAAGUGGCAAAAAAUGUUGUCUUUGAUCUCCACAAGAAUUACAAGAACAUCCAUCAAAAGAUCUACGUCCGCAUCACUAAUUUACCAGUGUAUGAUCAGAUAAGAAAUAUCAGGCAGAUCCAUCUGAACACAAUGAUUCGUAUAGGAGGUGUUGUGACUCGGCGAUCAGGGGUCUUCCCCCAGCUGCAGCAGGUGAAGUACGAUUGCAGUAAAUGUGGGGCAGUUCUUGGCCCCUUCUUCCAGAACUCUUAUUCAGAAGUAAAAGUGGGUUCUUGUCCUGAAUGCCAAUCCAAAGGACCGUUCACUGUUAAUGUCGAGCAAACUAUAUACAGGAACUACCAGAAACUGACCCUCCAGGAGAGUCCUGGAAUUGUGCCAGCUGGCAGGCUUCCAAGAUAUAAGGAAGUUAUACUUCUGAAUGAUCUAAUUGACUGUGCUCGCCCAGGGGAAGAAAUUGAGGUUACAGGCAUAUACACCAACAACUUCGACUUAUCAUUAAACACAAAAAACGGGUUUCCUGUUUUUGCCACAGUGGUUGAGGCGAAUUAUGUUGCAAAAAAGCAGGAUCUCUUCUCUGCUUACAAACUUACUGAUGAGGAUAAGGCUGAAAUUGAGAAGUUAGCAAAAGAUCCAAGAAUUGGAGAAAGGAUCAUUAAGUCUAUUGCUUCAUCAAUCUAUGGUCAUGAAGAUAUUAAGACAGCAAUUGCGCUUGCCAUGUUUGGAGGACAAGAAAAGAAUGCUACGGGUAAACAUCGGUUAAGAGGGGAUAUAAAUGUUCUCCUCUUAGGUGAUCCUGGCACUGCUAAAUCCCAAUUUCUCAAGUAUGUUGAGAAGACCGGCCAUAGAGCUGUCUACACGACAGGGAAAGGUGCUUCUGCUGUUGGGCUCACAGCUGCAGUGCAUAAGGAUCCCGUGACAAGGGAAUGGACCCUUGAAGGAGGUGCACUUGUUCUGGCGGAUAGAGGGAUCUGCCUAAUCGAUGAAUUUGACAAAAUGAAUGAUCAGGACAGGGUGAGUAUCCAUGAAGCCAUGGAACAACAGAGCAUCAGCAUAUCAAAGGCUGGAAUAGUUACAUCUCUCCAAGCUCGUUGCAGUGUCAUUGCUGCAGCAAAUCCAAUUGGAGGAAGAUACGACUCCUCGAAGACUUUUCUUCAAAAUGUGGAACUGACUGAACCUAUCAUAUCACGAUUCGAUAUCCUUUGCGUUGUUAAGGACAUUGUCGAUACAGUUACAGAUGAAAUGCUUGCAAGAUUUGUUGUAGAUAGCCAUGCUAGAUCUCAACCUAAGGGGGCCAACCUAGAAGAUAAGCCUGCCUCUGACUUGCAAGACGAUCUCCUGGCCUCUGCUAGAUCAGCUGAUCCAGAGAUACUUUCUCAAGACAUGCUCAAGAAGUACAUAACAUAUGCCAAGUUGAACGUCUUUCCGAGAUUACAUGAUGCUGACUUGGAUAAACUCACACAUGUUUAUGCUGAACUUCGCCGAGAGUCAUCUCACGGCCAAGGGGUUCCAAUUGCAGUGAGGCAUAUGGAAUCAAUGAUUAGGAUGUCAGAAGCACAUGCAAGAAUGCAUCUGAGGGGUUAUGUGUCGCAAGAAGAUGUUGACAUGGCGAUACGCGUAUUGCUCGAUUCCUUCAUAUCAACCCAGAAAUUUGGAGUCCAAAAAGCACUACAGAAGAGCUUUAGGAGUUACAUGACCUUCAAGAAGGAUUACAACGAAUUGCUGCUGCAUCUACUGCGAAUACUCGUGAAGGAUGCUUUGUAUUUUGAAGAAAUUGUCUCAGGAUCAACUCGACACCUCACUCACAUCGAAGUGAAAGUGGAUGAGUUGCGGACUAAGGCUCAGGAGUACGAAAUCUAUGAUUUGAAACCAUUCUUCACUAGCACGCAUUUCAGAAACAGCAACUUCAUUCUUGAUGAAGGGCGCGGAGUGAUCAGACAUCCUCUAGCAGUGUGAGAAGUGAUAUUUCCUUUACAUAGGUUUGACAUCAAUAAAGUGAGAUUAGCUUACUUACGCAUUGGCGAAGAUCAAAGAUCCGAAAGUAUCGAUGCUUUGUUGUUCAAUCAUAUUUCUAAGUUAUUAAAAUUUAUCCUGAUUAAGACAUCUUGUAAAGAGUAGAAAAGUUGAGUUUUAUUCUUCUGAUGCCAUUAUGUUUCU